AUGUGGAUCAAUAGAUUCUUAUAACAAGAUACUCGUAUGGGAUCCGACCGACGCAAACGCCUUCUCUUCCCCCCUUCCCAUUUUUGCUUCGCCUCGAUCUCCCCCCUCAUCGCCGACCUAAAAAAGUUCGAUUUUUGCAUGGUCGCGCGCAUCCGAUCCGAGAGCAAUCAACCUUGAUGCCCGGAAUCGAUUCGCCUGAGGUGGAGGCGAGGGGCAGUUUAUGGGCGAAAAAUCCGAUCUUUAGGGGUUGUCCGCCCCUUCAGCUCGGAUCUGAUCUUGCGGAAGAUGGGUUGCUUCCCGUGCUUCGAAUCACAGCGGGGAUUGGCGUUGAAUCCGAGGCGUCCAAAGAAUGAUGUGCGCGCGGAGCACCUGCACCCAAUGGUGCCUCCGCACAUUGAUCGAGUGUCUUCGUUAGCCAACAGUGGGAACGCUGGAAGCAAUUCAGGUACAAAGAAGGAGGUGCAAAGUGUAAAGGAUCUGUCUGGUGUGACCAUUUCAGCUCAGACAUUUACCUAUCGGGAACUUGCAGCUGCUACUAAAAAUUUUAGAGACGAGUGCUUCCUAGGUGAAGGUGGGUUUGGCUGUGUCUAUAAAGGGCAGCUUGAGAGCACUGGCCAGAUUGUGGCUGUGAAACAAUUAAACAGAAAUGGACUUCAGGGAAAUAGAGAAUUUCUUGUGGAGGUAUUGAUGCUCAGUCUAUUGCAUCACCAAAAUCUUGUAAAUCUUAUAGGCUAUUGUGCUGAUGGAGAGCAAAGGCUCCUUGUCUACGAGUUUAUGCCAUUGGGAUCAUUGGAAGAUCAUUUGCAUGAUCUGCCACAUGACAAGGAGUCACUGGACUGGAACACAAGGAUGAAAAUUGCUGCAGGUGCAGCCAAGGGGUUGGAGUAUCUGCAUGAUAAAGCUAUCCCACCAGUCAUUUACAGGGACUUCAAAUCUUCCAAUAUUUUAUUGGGCGAGGGAUAUCACCCAAAGCUGUCAGAUUUUGGCCUUGCUAAGCUUGGUCCAACUGGAGAUAAAUCUCAUGUAUCGACAAGGGUGAUGGGCACCUAUGGCUACUGUGCCCCAGAGUAUGCUAUGACUGGACAGCUGACAGUUAAAUCUGAUGUAUACAGUUUUGGAGUUGUAUUGCUGGAGCUGAUAACUGGGCGAAAAGCAAUUGAUAACACAAAACCACACGGCGAAGAAAACCUGAUUGCAUGGGCACAACCCAUGUUCAAUGAUCGAAGGAAACUCCCACGACUUGCUGACCCUAGAUUGCAAGGCCGAUUCCCGAUGCGUGGGCUCUACCAAGCACUUGCUGUAGCAUCAAUGUGCAUCCAAGAACAAGCUGCCAGUCGUCCUCUUAUAGCAGAUGUUGUCACUGCUUUGUCCUACUUGGCAAACCAAGCUUACGAUCUCAAUGCUUCACCUACCUCUAGUAGUAGAUCUGGGGGUGACCAAAGUGAAAGAAAAGUUCGUUCAGGUGGAAGAAUGAUAGUCAGAAAUGAGGAAGGGGGAGGUUCUGGUCAAAAAAUGGAACCUGAAGGAUCAGAAAGGCAGGACUCCCCCAGAGAAGUAGUUGGGCUCUUGAAAAAGGAUUUUGAUCGAGAGAGAGCUGUAGCAGAGGCAAAAAUGUGGGGCGAGAAUUGGCGGGAGAAGAUGCGAGCAAACUCACAUGAUACAUCAAAUGCAAAUAGCUGAAGAGGACACUUCUCUUCCCUUUUUAUUUUUCUGCACUAGGGAAGUGGGGAGUAUAGCAAUUGCUCGUUCCCAAGUUCAUGUAUCUUUCUUACUGAAGCGAGUAGUUCAUCUAAUUCCAGCCAGACAAGGAUUGGACUUGCAACGCGAUUAAGGGAAGCAACUGGACAUUUAUGUUGUUUAAGUCCAAGAAUUUUUGUAAGGGGGAGCAUAUAUAUUUUGCCUUUCGUCUACUUUGUGAUGGCUGGACGUUGUAAACUAUAAAAGCUUCCUGCACUGUUGUUGAAUUGUAGACAAAAUGUAUCUGAAUCCAAAGAUUCAAACUAUCUACAACAUCUUUAAACAGAUUGAAUGCUUUUCCGGUUGUAACA